CUCAAUUAAUCUUCAGACUCGAAUUGAGACCCAGCUGAGUCUUUUACACCAAGACCUAACCCGAUUGAUUGGAAGCGAAAAUGGCAAUGACCAGCUUUGCCAGACGAAAGGCAUCUACGCUUCUCUCGAAGCAUCUUCACACCAAUUCCAAGUACUCUCUCUCUCUAACCAGAGGUUUCGCUUCGGCGGGAUCUGAGGAGAACGACGUCGUGGUCGUCGGCGGUGGUCCUGGCGGCUAUGUGGCCGCCAUUAAGGCUGCUCAGCUAGGCCUCAAGACCACGUGUAUCGAGAAGCGUGGUGCUCUCGGUGGCACCUGCCUCAACGUCGGUUGUAUUCCUUCUAAGGCACUUCUUCAUUCCUCCCACAUGUAUCAUGAGGCCAAGCAUUCAUUUGCCAGUCAUGGUGUGAAGUUUCCUUCUGUUGAGGUUGAUCUACCUGCCAUGUUGGCCCAGAAAGAUAAAGCUGUGGCUAACCUGACACGUGGCAUUGAAGGUCUAUUCAAGAAAAACAAAGUAAACUAUGUUAAAGGUUAUGGCAAGUUCGUUUCGCCUUCUGAAGUUUCGGUUGAUACCCUUGAAGGUGGGAGCACUGUAGUGAAAGGCAAGAGUAUAAUAAUUGCCACUGGGUCUGAUGUUAAAAGUUUACCUGGGAUCACCAUUGACGAGAAGAGGAUUGUAUCAUCAACUGGAGCUUUAGCUCUGGCAGAAAUUCCUAAGAAACUUGUGGUCAUUGGAGCUGGCUACAUUGGCCUUGAAAUGGGCUCUGUCUGGGGCCGGCUUGGCUCAGAGGUCACUGUGGUUGAAUUUGCUCCAGACAUUGUUCCAACGAUGGAUGGAGAAAUCCGCAAACAAUUUCAACGUACCCUGGAGAAGCAAAAGAUGAAAUUCAUGCUCAAAACUAAGGUGGUAUCAGUUGAUACUUCAGGGGAUGGUGUGAAGUUGACUCUUGAACCAGCAGCAGGUGGUGAUCAGAGCACUCUUGAAGCUGAUGUUGUUCUUGUGUCUGCCGGUAGAAUCCCAUUUACAUCAGGACUUGAGUUGGACAAGAUAGGAGUUGAAACUGACAAGGCUGGCCGUAUUUUAGUUAAUGAACGAUUUGCUACAAAUGUACCUGGAGUUUAUGCCAUUGGCGAUGUAAUUCCGGGGCCAAUGUUGGCUCACAAGGCAGAGGAGGAUGGGGUUGCCUGUGUGGAGUUCAUAGCAGGUAAGAAAGGCCAUGUAGACUACGAUUUGGUACCUGGUGUUGUUUAUACACACCCAGAGGUGGCAUCUGUCGGGAAGACUGAGGAGCAGGUGAAGACACUUGGGGUUGAUUACCGUGUUGGGAAGUUCCCCUUUAUGGCAAACAGUAGAGCCAAGGCAAUUGAUGAUGCUGAAGGAAUUGUGAAGAUACUAGCUGAGAAGGAGAGCGACAAGAUAUUGGGUGUCCACAUCAUGGCACCAAAUGCUGGGGAGCUCAUUCAUGAGGCAGUUCUGGCCUUGACUUAUGGGGCAUCGAGUGAGGACAUUGCGCGCACAUGCCAUGCACAUCCAACAAUGAGUGAGGCAUUGAAGGAGGCUGCAAUGGCCACUUAUGACAAGCCAAUUCACAUAUAGAUGAUGUGGUAUCUUUGUUAUUCUUCUCCUGUUAUAUUUUUGAGAGUUAUCCACAACUUAGUAAGGGCUUUCUUAUUCAUGCCUGUCACUUGAGUAGAUAAAGUGGUUGAACAGAAAUCUCUUUUCUUCUUUUUCACCCUUCUUUUGGGAUACGGUACUUCAUUUGAAUGCUUUGUUUAAUGUGCUUAAUAAGAAUGAGAAAUGCACGUUGAAUUGAUCCCACUGCAGUGAUGCACAGUUAUGGC